GCGCGCCCCGCCGCGCGCCGCAGCCUCGCCCCGGGAGGGGCCGCGCGCUCGGCGGUUGGUGCCGCGGGGAGAGGCUGAAGGACGAAGCGGCGGCGCCUGCACGGGCUCCCAGGGAGAAGAGGAUAUUCUCCUGAGCCCUGAAGAAAGUAGCAAGUGACUGCUAGAGGCUUCACUCAAGAUUUCCCUGUGGAACGAAGAGCACGUUGAUGCCAGUCGUCAUAUAAGAAACGAGGAGCCCUGAAUAAACACAAAGAAGCCAGUCAAGCACCCAGUCUGUAUUGUGGACAUUGGCACAGCAGCUAAAAUGGUGAGUGAAAGUCACCCCGAGGCCCUGGCAGCACCGCUAGCUACCACCGUAGCAGCAGCCCUUCCGAGUAAUGUCACCGAGCCAGCCAGUCCUGCAGGAGGAGGAGGAGGAGGAGGAAAAGAAGAUGCUUUUUCUAAGUUAAAAGAGAAGUUCAUGAAUGAACUGAACAAAAUUCCACUGCCACCUUGGGCCUUAAUAGCCAUAGCCAUAGUUGCAGUCCUAUUAAUUCUUACCUGCUGCUUUUGUCUCUGUAAGAAAUGCUUGUUCAAAAAGAAGAACAAGAAGAAGGGAAAGGAGAAGGGAGGGAAGAAUGCUAUUAACAUGAAAGAUGUUAAAGAUUUAGGGAAAACCAUGAAAGAUCAGGCUCUUAAGGACGAUGAUGCUGAAACUGGGCUGACUGAUGGAGAAGAGAAAGAAGAGCCCAAAGAAGUGGAGAAACUAGGGAAAAUCCAAUAUUCUUUGGAUUACGACUUCCAGAACAAUCAGCUUCUGGUUGGGAUUAUUCAAGCAGCUGAGCUGCCUGCAUUAGAUAUGGGUGGUACCUCUGAUCCCUACGUGAAGGUUUUCCUGCUGCCUGAUAAGAAGAAAAAAUACGAGACAAAAGUCCACAGGAAGACCCUUAACCCUGUUUUCAACGAACAAUUUACAUUCAAGGUGCCAUACUCUGAGCUGGGAGGAAAGACUUUAGUGAUGGCGGUUUACGACUUCGAUCGCUUCUCCAAGCAUGAUAUCAUCGGGGAGUAUAAGGUUGCAAUGAACACGGUGGACUUUGGUCAUGUCACUGAGGAGUGGAGGGAUUUGCAAAGUGCAGAGAAGGAGGAGCAAGAAAAGCUGGGCGACAUCUGCUUCUCCCUCCGGUACGUGCCUACCGCUGGCAAACUGACUGUGGUCAUUCUGGAGGCAAAGAACUUGAAGAAGAUGGAUGUCGGUGGACUGUCAGAUCCUUAUGUGAAGAUCCACCUGAUGCAGAAUGGUAAGAGGCUGAAGAAGAAAAAGACUACAAUUAAAAAGAACACUCUGAAUCCCUACUACAACGAGUCUUUCAGCUUUGAAGUACCAUUUGAGCAAAUUCAGAAGGUGCAAGUUGUUGUGACUGUUUUGGACUAUGACAAGAUUGGCAAGAACGAUGCCAUCGGGAAAGUCUUUGUGGGCUACAACAGCACUGGGGCGGAGCUGCGGCAUUGGUCAGACAUGCUGGCCAACCCUCGGCGGCCCAUCGCGCAGUGGCACACCUUACAGCCCGAGGAGGAGGUGGAUGCCAUGCUGGCAGUCAAGAAGUAAAUGAAAUCAAAUCAAAUCAAAUCACAAAGAGGAAAAAAGAAGAAAAAAGCCUUUCUGCAUUUGCCCACAAUAGUGCUCUUUAGCCAGUAUCUGUAAAUACCUCAGUAAUAUGGGUCCUUUCGUUUCCAGCCAUGUGUUCCUGGCACAGUCAGUUGUACUUUUAAUUCCCUGGUUUUCAUUUGCACAAAUUGAAAUGCAGAGAGCCCUCUGAAGGCGCUUCAUUCACCACUGCCCCCCUCCCCACCCCCCCCACCCCCACCCCAGAUCUACUCUUCUUUUAAGCAAUAUGAUGUGUAGAUAGAGCAUGACAGAAAUUAUUUAUUGUAUCACACAGUUGUAUAUAUAACACCAGUAUGCUGAGGAUUUCUUUCCAGUUUGUGUAUUUGUAUGUUGUAAGCGUUUCCUAAUCUGUGUAUAUCUAGAUGUUUUUAAUAAGAUGUUCUAUUUUAAAUUAUGUAAAUUGACUGAGAUAUAGGAGAGCUGAUAAUAUAUUAUAGGAUAACUAUCGUAUCGUCUGCAUUCCAGAAGAAAAAGAAACCAACCAACAAGAAAAAUUCCAACUUGUAAGGCACUAGUAGUGUUAUACUGACAUCUUAAAGGACAACUUAAAUCUGAGCUUUCCACUGGACCAUCCUAAUGUCCUAUGCGUCCACAGUGAAUCUUGGAGGGGCAAAUCCAAUUGGGCAGACUUCUUUCACAGGCAACUUAGCAUGAACUGAGCAGCUCCGUGGCUGACCUCAAGGAGAUGUAGCCAGAAGCCAGGAUGUAAUUUUCUUGUAUAUAUUCCGAAGCAAACACAUAGCAGACUGAGAUGGCUUUAGAUUGAAAGUUGAGGAAGCAGUUCCAUAGGAGGCAACGAUUUCACCUGACGUACAAAGCAAGACCAUUGCAGAGGUUGCGCAGGGAAGGGGGGGAGAGAGGGGGGGAGGGAGACGCAGCAGCAGCAGCGAAACGCCGCCAUAAAAGCAAAGAGUAGCUCUCCGUUAUCACCUUUCUACAAAAUUUGCAUACUGUGAAUUCCAUCCACGACUCCACAUUAUAAUGAGUUUGCACAUUAGACUUUGUAACGAGAUAUUUUGUUAUACUGACUCAGAUUAGAAGGAAUGCAGAAUAUUUUUUAGACACAGCCGUGUGAGUUUAUUAUACGAACUAGUUUCAUGGUAAAAACGAGACAGUAUUGUAAUCCCAUCAGAAGAUGACAAAAUUUAGCCAUAGUUCUAAAUGCACUUCAAAGUAAGCCAAAAGAGAACAGCUAGUGACCUUUUAUAUACUAUUUAUACUUAAGUUUUAAUUUGUCCUUGAAAAAAAAAAAAAGAAAAAAAAAAAGGGGGAAAACAAAGAACAAGUUCUAGAGAACUGAAGCAACCUCUUCUGUAUACUAGAUGCUCGUUUCAGGAGGAGUUUUUAAAUGUUUUCAAUGUUACUCUGUAGUAAAUGGCACUAUUAUGAAGCUAUUAGUCAUUCCAUACGAGUCUUGAAAGACUGCUCUGUGUAUCACUGUGACUGCCGUGUGUGCUUAGAAACGUAGUUCUCUCAGUGGAUAGCAACCAAUUUAUUCCGUAGUGAUAUUGUAAUACUACUGCCAUUCCCUUCUACUGCACUGCCGAAGGACCGCGUAGCACAAGCAGUUCUAGCGAUCGUGGACCAAUUUAGAACUGGGGAGCUAUGCAGGGGACAUGGAUGCUAUAUAUUGAAUGGGUUGACCACACAGCAUUUUGUCAAGCCCUGUGCAAUACUCUACAUUUCCCAACCUCCCUCACCCCACCCCCCCCCUCGGCUGCUUUACUGUAGAUAGUCAUCUUACAGCUAGCCAGCAAAUCAUCUCAGCUUGGACCAUCUCAUCAAGUCAUUUAGGGCAUCAUUUCUAUCUCAUGUACCGUCCUUUGAGGCCCCCUCGCUUAUCUUUGCAAGCAGUGAACAGUAUUUAUAACACUUUGAAGAGUUCACUCCUUUCAGCGACGCAAACCACCCCAGAGAUGUGGAAACGCUAACCCUUUUGGGAGGAGGCUGGAGAGUUACCUGUUAAUGUUCUCAUCAGUGGUAUCUGACAGAAAUUGCUGAACUCAAACAACAAAGAUGAAUGUAAACAGAGCCCUGCGUACUGAAAACUAAGUUCCACAGCCUCCCUCAAGGCUCUGCUUCUUGGAGCCAGGCGUAACAGUCUUAGUUAAGAGGUCAGCACAGCAUGGCAAAGCUCUGAUGUUUUCAGUACGUUGAAUGUAAAAGAAACAGCAAAGAAAAGGGAGCAGAACUAAAGUCUGUAUCUCUCCCUGCCUCCAAAAGUGAGAAUAGCAAGACCCACUUUCUUUUUUACAUGACACAUGGGAAAAACACAAGCGAGACAUUGUUCGGAUAGAAACAGGCACAUACAUGCAAAGCAUCAAGCUGGAAUACUUUAAGAUCUUACCUUUAAGGACCAAACACCACCAAAGAAAAGCAGACAGUCAGCUUUCCAGCAUAAGAGCUUCAUGGUCUCCAACUUUCAGUUGUUCAUUCAGGAUAGCUGCAGGUUCAAACUGCCAGAGUGACUCGUUGUGUUAAGGUACUCUUAAUGCUUUCUCUUCCUACACUGCCAGACUGAAGGUCACCUUAGAACUGGUUUGUAAGGUACAAUGAUUCUCAGAGACCGAACCUGCCGUGUGACCAAGAUGACAUUUUCAUCCUCAAAGAAGCCACAUGUACCUUUCUGACAAAGCUGUGUGAAGUAUUAGAAUCUGAUGCUGUAGAAAGAUCCUAGUUGCCUUUGUGUAUAUUUACUGCCUGCUUGAGUGUUUCUCUGUGUGGGUUUUCUCUGUAUCUUGUAGAAAUGUUUGGGGUGUUUUCUCCUGCCAUAUCGCUCGUGGCCCGCGAGCUGACAACUUUAGCCGUAUUUUACCUUCAUUUUUGAUGAGGUGGUUUCUAUUUUGUUUCACUUUGUGUAGUGACUUCCCACAGUAGUUUUCCAAUUGUCGUUAAAAUAACAUACAUAUUACACAGAUACUCAAUAAAACUGUUUUAUUUCCUGUU